CAAAAGUACAACUAAUACACUACAAAAUGUACUCUCAGGUAUUGUGCGUACUAGCAAUCAUAGCGAGGUCGUCAGCUCAUCAUGCUUACUCAUCACAACACCUGCACAAGCAUGAUGGUCACCACCAUCUCGUGCAUAUACACGACCACCAUGGACAUCACCACCACGUUGACUACUAUACGCAUCCAAAAUAUGAGUACAAAUACCAGGUGAAGGACGGUCACACCGGUGAUCAUAAGGAACAUCAUGAGCACCGCAACGGUGACGUCGUCAAAGGACACUACUCCUUCAAACAGCCCGAUGGAAAAUUCAGACAUGUCCACUAUGUAGCUGAUAAAAAGACUGGGUUCCAUGCAGACGUGAAACACAGCACCCACCACCUCCACCACCAUCAUCAUUGA